AAUCCGUGUGACAGUGAACGGAGAGUUUCUGCACUACAUCUACCCGUUCCAGUUUCUGGACUCACCUGAGUGGGACUCUCUCAGACCAUCAGAGGAGGGGGUCUUCCAGGUGACCCUGCAUGCAGAUAACCCCUGCAGAUAUGUGGCGUGGAGGAGGAAGAAACUCUAUCUGCUUUUUGCAAAGCAUCGUUACAUAGCUAAGAUCUUUGCCCUGGUCGUGCGCAACGACAUUGCAGAGAAGUUGUUCUCCCUUAAUGACAAGGCUUCCAACAAGGCAGGGCACCGUUUCGAUCUCCGCUUACCAAGUUACUGCCACAUGCCGGGGACUGAAUUAGAAAAGGCAGAUGGCUUCCUGCAAGUGCCAGUGCAGGGGACAAGGACUGCCUGAGUGUACACACACACACACACACACACACACACACACACACACACAGCUCCAAGCCAUAAACACUUAACUGACUCCUUGCAUGACGGAAUAUGUGUCAGUUGGGUGUGGCAUGGUGUAGUAUUAUCUGUUCCAUGUGUGGUAAGUGAGUUUCAAGUGAUGUUAUCUUAAAUCUGCUUGCGUUGUCAUUUGAUCUCAACAUGUAGAUUUGGUAGGUGCAGUUGUCAACAAACAUGGUGUCAGGUCAAGAGGAUACUCUCUGGGGAAUAGACCAGGGUCAUGUGACUGAUAGACAGCCUGGGACAUCUGUGGGCUACUGUUUUGUAGCCUUACCAACUAGGCUGAUGUUAUUCAUACUGUUUGAACGUAGCUUUUUGUCAUGUACUUUGAGAUAGAAGCCUUUUAACUAGGGAUGUCCCGAUCCAAUCUUAAACAUCGGACUCAGGGCUGAUCAAGGCAUUUUUUGACUGAUCCAAAUCGGCUAUAUUUAGCUCAUAAAGUUAUCUGAUCCUUUGUUUUAUGUCGACUAUCACGCAGGUGUUUUAAUUUAAUGCAACAACACGGAGCAAACACACCAUGAAUUAAACACAGUGUGAGAUUGUUUAUUUACAUUAGCUACCCAAGUUCUGAGCACUUGUUUUAUUUCAGCUCAGUUUGAGACUUUUGUAUUUUGCCUUUGGUUAUAGCACACUGUGUUUCUGCGCCCUGCUCAGAGUAGUGAGGAGGAGAAGAGGAGAGGAAAGCAAUGCAGAGCUUACUACAACCUCACUCACCACUGCAAGGACAAUUAAAGCUGCGCAAGCAAAAAUCCAACAUGGUUUACGUAUUAAUGAAUCUAGAUCUGCCAAGAAUAUGUGCGAACGACAAAGACAGACACUCUAAAAUACAGUUCAUUCAGCUAACACAGACACACGUUGCACUGAAGCAAAAACGCUGGAGAAUCUCUUAAAGGGACAGUCGUUCCCUUGAGACAGCGACAAGACCAAUAAGAUUAAAGGGAGGUUUUGUCAUUGUGUAAAAUACAUACAAUAAUAGGCUAAUGCAUUGCAGAGCUUUUCAGUUAUUCAUACUGUCAAGCAUAGGCUAUUCAUUGAAGAAGCCUACUUACAAUGUGCACAGUGCAGCUGUGUUAUCUAAAAAAUAAAAACAGGUUUGGGACUUAUCUGCAGAUACUCAAGAUUGGAUCGGGAUCAGGGGCAAAAAAUGUGAUCAGGACAUCCCUACUUUUACCAUGUUGGGCAGAUUAUUUCUGAACGGAUAUCCUGCUAUAAAAUGAAGAAAAGUCCGUUUUUUUUCUCCUCGAUGGGUUGCCCAGUCAAUCUGAAAUCUCAAAUGGGCACUUAGAAUUGCCUUAGCUAGAGACUGACGAAGCCCGGUGUCUCAUUUCUACUGCCUAUUUUGUAUAAAAGUACUUCAUAAAUAACAUUGACUAGCUACUUUCUCAGCCCGUGGAGUCAAUGAAUAACACCAACAGCACCACUCUGCCAUUGCAACCCUUACUGUGGUUGAAGGUGGAGUUGCAGCUUGAAUGAGAAAUAAAGUGCUAUUUUUUCAUUCUUUCUCAGUGUUUAAAAACCUGUGUUACUGUCAUGUAACAAAACAGUGCACACUGUUAAUGAUCCCCAAAAGU